CUGGCCGCGGGAAAUUUCAGUUCGGGGCCGGCUGGAGGAGUUCCGUCUGCGGAGCUGCGGAGGUCUCUGUUGCGGGAUUGUGGGGGUCGUGUCCAGAAACUGCGUCAGGAUGCCUUUAUCCCAUUUUGCCAGUCGGCUUCGGAAAGACUUAAGCACUGAAAUGAUUCGAACUAGCAUUGCUCACAGGAAAUCCUUGUCACAGAAAGAAAACAGACACAAGGUGUAUGAACGAAACAGGCAUUUUGGCUUGAGAGAUGUCAACAUUCCACUGGAAGGUAGAGAUCUUGUUAAUAUACCUGAGUUGCCUCAAAGCCUCGCUCCAGAAAAGGCCAGUAGCAAAACGAAGUCAGAGAAAAUGGUUCUGAGUGACCAGCGGAAACAACUCCUUCAAAAAUACAAAGAAGAGAAACAUCUUCAAAAGUUGAAAGAGCAGCGAGAGAAAGCUAAGCGAGGAGUAUUUAAAGUGGGUCUCUACAGACCUGACGCCCCCGGCUUCCUCGUCACAGACAACAGGAGCGUGAAAGCUGAGCCGGAAAAGGCUUUUUCAUACACCGGGCGAAUUACAAGAUCAAAGGCCAAAGAUCACAUGGAACACACUAAGAUUGAUAGUAAGAACGCCCUUCAAGCAGCACGGUUUGGCCAAAAACAGACUUCUGAAAAGAAGAUACCGGACAAAGAGAGAAAAGCUGUACAAUCCAUGGUGUCGUCAGGGAAAAUGACCGGAGCAGCCGCUACUCAGAGGACAAAGCAGAUGACCCGAGCAGUCCCGUCUGCCACAAGCAAGCCAGUCUCAAGAGUUGCUGGAGAGAAUGAAUCUGAAAGAGUGGGGCCAGGUAGAGGAAGACCUGCCAGAAAGGUGGACGCCAAGCCUGACAAGGUCAUUCCCUCUAAAGGUGCUAGUGAAGAAAAUCGUGUGGGUCCACAGAGCAGCGUAACAAGUGGAACGGGUCAGCACGGAGUCUUCCCAGCCGUGGGGAACUUACCGAGGACAGUUCCUGCAAAAGCGAAGCAAAGGAAUUCCUUUGCGCCCGAACAUUGUGUGUUUCAGCCACCUCGUGGGCUGAAGACCUACCCAGUGGCACUGACGUGUCAUAGAAGUGACCACGCCCUCCUGACGCCCUGGAGCCCUUUAAAACUAGAUGGCUCUACAACUCAGGAUUCAGCAAAUGGACCCUUGGUACAAACGUCUGUAUCGGUGCAGCAAGAAUCAAAUAAUGUAGAACAGGAUUUCGCGUCUCCGGCAGCCUGUGAUGAAGAACAUGUCUUAAACCAAAAGGAAGCGCCUGCUACAAAUUCCAGUCGCCUUUCGGAGGACGGAGCCACAUCUCAACCACAGCAUGAUGUGCCGUAUUUCAGAACAAUCCUCCAGUCAGAAACUGACAGAUUGACCUCGCACUGCCUGGAGUGGGACAGGAAGCUGGACCUGGACAUUCCUGAUGAUGCUAAAGAUCUUAUUCGCACAACAGUUGGUCAAACAAGACUCCUUAUUAUGGAAAGGUUCAAGCAGUUUGAAGGACUGAUAGAUAACUGUGAAUAUAAACGAGGUGAAAAGGAGACCACCUGUUCAGAUCUGGAUGGAUUUUGGGAUAUGGUUAAUUUUCAGAAAAAGAUUGUGCCUGGUGGAACAAACAGAACAAAGCAGGAUGAUGCAGGAAGACUGGCUGCUAGAAACCGCCUCGCUGCCAUAAAGAACGCAAUGAAAGCGAGGCUGAAGCAGGAAGAGCAUGCGCCAGUGGCAGCCGUGGAAACACCAAAGGAAGUCGACAAAAUAGUGUUUGAUGCUGGGUUUUUCAGAAUUGAGAGUCCUGUUAAAUCGUUUUCAGCACUUUCUUCUGAGCGUCGUUCUCAGAGAUUUGGAGCAGUCAUACCUGCCAGCAGAGUCAUGCCUGAGAGCGGGGCUGCGGGGGACCUUCAGAGACAAAGGAGAUCGCUGGAGAAUCCUGACCCUCAGAGCAGCAAGUGUGAAGGGGUCAAUAAGACAUUGUUUUCAGACACUCUUGAAAGCAGGUCCAGCAGAGCAGACGACACUUGGUGUCCUGGAGAGCAAGAGUCAAGUGCCCUGGACCAUGUUGUAAAUAAGAUAAAUGUAGAAAUGGAUUGUUUCCCCGCUGAGGUGAUGAAUUUGCCUCUUCCUGCCGGUCGAGUGGCUGGUGACACCAAGCAGAGAGAAGUGCAUUCUGAUGUGGAAGGCGUGGAGCUACAGUCUACCUCCCAAGAUGUGCUGAUGAGUGACCCUGAGAAGAGCUCCCCCUCACCAGAUGCCUCCGAGGAAGACUCCAGAGUGUCCCAGUCAGAACCAUUACAUAGACAGCUCAAUUGUGAACCCCAACUUCUUGAUCCACCAGCCCUAAGCAACGCCAGUCCCUGCACACAGGUGGAGUCCAGACAGCAAGGUCGUGCCAGACACAUCUCCUUUGGGGGUGACCUCAUCGUCUUCUCGCCUGUGAGACUCCGCAGUCAAGAGCACCAGGAGGGUUUUUAACUUAGAAAUAAUUCCAGACAUUUUUUUUUUCUUAUCAUUACUUCUCUGACACAUUGUUAAAUUGUUGGAAAUUUUAAAAAUAUGCUUUAGUAUUCUCUUCUCUUUGCCAUAUUUAUAUUGUAUUACAUAGUCUUUUAAUGCCCAGUAUUCAUCAAGACACUUUGGUGAUGUUGUGCAAACUGUAGGUUUGUAAAAUACUAACGUGAAGCAAAUCU